AUGGCAGAAAGCAUUCAAAAAGAUCAAAAGCCAGUUUCUUUUGACAAAUACAUUUCUUCUUCUUCACGAUGCUCGUUUAUUGCGAUCGUGAUAUUCUUGAUCUUCCUCUCACAUUUCUUAUACUCCUUCAGUUUCAUCCCCUUUAUACAGUCUCCUUCUAAAAUCUCCAACUCUCUCCUUGUACCUGUGGUGCAAGUCGGAUCAGGUAAUACCCCAGAGGAGAAAACAGAGCUUAAGCAUGUAGUUUUCGGAAUCGCCGCGUCCUCCAAACUGUGGAAGCAUCGGAGAGAAUACGUGAAAACAUGGUGGAAACCAGACGGUGGGAUGAAGGGUGCUGUCUGGCUCGAAAAAACUACAGUAAACGACACCGUUUCUUCCACCUUGCCUGAGAUCAGAAUCUCGUCAGACACGUCGAGAUUCAAGUACCGUUACCGUAGAGGACACCGAUCAGCGAUCAGGAUCACCAGAAUCGUGUCGGAAACGGUGAGGAUGUUAAACGGAACUGAAUCCGAGAGAAACGUGAGGUGGAUUGUGAUGGGUGACGACGACACUGUGUUUUUCACGGAGAAUCUUGUUAGGGUUUUGAGAAAGUACGAUCACAAGCAGUUCUAUUACAUCGGAGCUCCUUCCGAGAGCCAUUUGCAGAAUUUGAAUCAGUUUUCGUACGGCAUGGCAUAUGGAGGAGGUGGUUUUGCGAUAAGUUAUCCCUUGGCCAAGGCUUUGGAGAAGAUGCAAGAUCGGUGUAUCGAGAGGUACAGUGGUCUGUACGGAUCUGAUGACCGGAUUCAUGCUUGUAUGGCUGAGCUCGGUGUUCCUCUCACCAGAGAAGUUGGGUUUCAUCAGUUUGAUGUAUAUGGGAGCCUCUUGGGUCUUUUAUCGGUCCAUCCACAAGCACCGAUAGUCUCUAUCCAUCACUUAGAUGUAGUCAAGCCUAUAUUUCCAAGAAUGGACCGAGUGAAGGCCGUAAAGAGACUCAUGAUCUCAGCGAAGCUCGACUCAGCUAGCCUCGUACAACAAUCCAUAUGCUACGACACAACUCAUAAGUGGACAGUGUCUAUCUCGUGGGGAUACACUGUCCAGAUCAUACGGACAUAUAUGCCAGCAAGGAUGAUGGAAGUGCCCACUCGCACUUUCAUUGAGUGGCACAAACGUCGUGAUUUUACCAAUGUUGCUUUCAACACACGCCCCAUAACCUACACUGGUUGCCAGCGUCCACGAGUGUUUUACAUGUCUCGCGCUCUUGGUGAUUCUUCUUCAGGCACAACAAUUACCGAGUAUCUUAGGCACAAGGAAGAUAAUCCUAAAUGUGAGUGGGGGAUACCAGAUCCUUCUGAUAUCAAUCGGAUCUUUGUCUACAAAAAGUCUAACCCAAAUAGGUGGAAUAAGGCACCAAGGAGAGAUUGUUGUCGAUUAUUGCCAACGACGAAGACGGGAACUAUGAUGAUCAAAGUCACAGCUUGUGAAAAUGACGAAAUUGUGGCUUAUUCUAAUAAAUAGUUUUCUUGUUGGUUUAUACUUCACAUGGAAAACUUGUUGUCUUAGAAGA